AUGCCGGUGUUUCGGCUGCGGGUGCCUCGGGAGGUUCGCGGGGUGCCCUCGGAGUUGCUGCUGCCGCAGCGAGCGUGGAAAGACAAAGAAGAAUUAAAAAUAAAAAUAAAUAAAUUGGCAAAUCUUUUUGUGGAAAACUUCAAACAAUACGCGGAAAGAGCGCCUCCCGAGGUCCUCGGCGCGGGCCCGCUGCUCCCGGAGGCCGCCAAACCCUAA